UAUUGGGCGUAUUUAGAGACUCGGCGGUGGUUCAAAGCCAUACCAUACCCACGCCUGAUGAUUUCUUCUUUCUACAACUCCUGGAGAAUUUCUUCCCUACCGUGAAAUCGUGAAUAUAAUCAUAGAUUGUAUCACUGCCAGGUUGUUUAGGAUUGAUUAAAUUGAUUUGAGCAUCAUGUCGCUGAGACCUAACGCCAGAACCGAUGCUCGCCGGAGCCGCUAUAAGGUCGCCGUUGAUGCCGACGAUGGUCGGAGAAGAAGAGAAGAGAACAUGGUUGAGAUCCGCAAGAACAAAAGAGAGGAGAACUUGCUUAAGAAGCGUCGCGAGGGUCUUCAAGCUCAGCAACUCCAGAGCUCUGCUGCCGUCUCUCUUAUCGAUAAGAAGUUAGAGAGUCUUCCUGCUAUGGUUGCCGGGGCUUGGUCUAAUGAUGCCAAUUUGCAACUCGAAGCAACUACUCAGUUACGGAAGCUCCUUUCAAUAGAACGCAAUCCACCAAUUGAAGAGGUGAUACAAUCUGGAGUUGUUGCUAGAUUUGUUGAAUUUCUUGCCAGAGAUGAUUAUCAUCAACUUCAGUUUGAGGCAGCAUGGGCUCUCACUAAUAUUGCGUCUGGGACUUCAGAAAACACAAAGGUUGUAAUUGAUUAUGGUGCUAUUCCAAUUUUUAUCAGACUUCUUAGUUCUCCAAGUGAUGAUGUUCGUGAGCAGGCCGUUUGGGCGUUAGGAAAUAUUGCUGGUGAUUCACCCAACUGUCGUGAUCUUUUGAUUAACCAUGGAGCUUUGAUGUCAUUAUUAGCACAGUUUAAUGACCAGUCAAAACUGUCCAUGUUGCGAAAUGCAACCUGGACACUGUCCAAUUUCUGUAGAGGCAAAAACCCUCAGCCUCCAUUUGAGGAGUUAAAAGUGGCCCUACCUAUUCUUGCUCGUCUUAUACUUUCAACUGACGAGGAAGUCCUGACAGAUGCAUGCUGGGCUCUUUCUUACCUUUCUGAUGGUACUAACGAUAAAAUCCAGGCUGUGAUUGAGGCUGGAGUCUGUCCACGCCUUGUUGAGCUUCUGCUUCAUCCUUCACCAUGUGUUAUUAUUCCAGCUCUAAGAACAGUUGGUAAUAUUGUUACUGGAGAUGAUAUCCAAACUCAGGUCAUGAUUGAUCAUCAGGCCCUUGCUUGCCUUCUCAACCUGUUGACUCAAAAUUACAAAAAAAACAUCAAGAAGGAAGCAUGCUGGACAAUCUCAAAUAUCACUGCUGGAAAUAAGGAUCAAAUUCAGGCUGUGAUUGAUGCUGGUUUAACUCCUCCUAUUGUCGAUCUGCUCCAAAAUGCUGAAUUUGAUAUAAAGAAAGAGGCUGCUUGGGCAAUUUCAAAUGCCACUUCCGGUGGAUCUAAGGAACAAAUCAAAUUCUUGGUUGCCCAGGGUUGUAUUAAGCCAUUGUGCGAUCUUCUAGCUUGUCCUGACCCAAGAAUUGUGACUGUCUGCUUGGAAGGACUGGAGAACAUUCUGAAGGUUGGGGAAACUGAGAAGGCUGCAGAUGCAAAUGCAGAUAGUGUUAAUAUAUAUGCACAGUUGAUUGAUGAAGCUGAUGGUUUGGAUAAGAUUGAAAGCCUUCAGAACCAUGAUAAUAAUGAAAUAUAUGAGAAGGCUAUAAAGCUCCUUGAGACAUAUUGGUUGGAAGACGAAGACGAGGACGAGCAGGUUACAUCAGGUGAUGCUCCACAAACUGGAUUUGACUUUGGAGGUGGUGAACUAAAUGUUCCAUCAGGAGGAUUCAACUUCAGUUGAAGUACCUUGCAGGAAUCAGAUUAAAUGUGAAGGCCUUGGCCAGCAAUACAAAUACAUUGGAGUCGGGUGGAUAGUUUCUCCCAACACUUUAUUUGGUUCAGAUCCACUUGCUUGAGAUUCUUCAGAUCUCUGGUUCUAUCUCUACGGUGGCUACAUAAUAAUAAAUUAUCAUAUGAUCAGAAAUGCAGCCGAGGCCGGCCAGAUGGUCACAGUCCUGUUAUGAAAGAGGAAUUGUUUGGAUGAUUUUUAUUUUUUUUUUGGUUUUAAAAAAUCCAUCCUAUGUUUUUCAUUUGUUUGUUUGAUUUGUCGCAUUGUAAUGUGAUGUGAAGUUCUAAAGAUUUAUUGAGAGGUGGAAUAUGUAAAGCAAUGAGUAAUGGACGCUUUUGAGGCAGUUUUUGUGGUUUGUAAGGUCAAUAGACUGUGAGUGAUUUAAAUGUAAAUGAGCAGCUUGUAUUUGCUGGUACAAUGAAUGGGUUGUUGGUUGCAUCUGCCCUGCAUUAAGAAAAUAAUUUUGUUGGCUCA